UUUUCACUAAUUAUACUACAUUUGAUAAAAUCCAUUGUUUGCGUGAUUUCGUUACAUUGUAUUGUUGUGGAAAGUGUGAUAGAUAAUUAACGUCUGGAUUGUUCCAUGAAGAGCUGUGUACAUUUCAGUGGACAUGGAAGGUCUGACCCAGAAUGAGAAGAUCAUCUGGACAUGCUGGGAGGAGAAGUCAGCACGGGAUGUGGUCCGGGAGGCGGCUGCUAAGGGCACACACAUCGCCCUCGCGAUCAAAUAUCUCAUGCACAAGAACAAUUGGAAUGAGGCCACAGCUAAUGAGUGGUUCUUAGCCGAGGUUAAAGCAUGGACGGUGCAACUUCUCCUUCGAAAGCAAAUAUUCAAAGUUCUCCACAUCCUCAACAAAGUUAAGAUAAACCCUGAGGAGCAUCUAAUGACUUUAGCGCAGGAGUCUCCACAGAUAGAGUACAGAGACUUCAUUGUAGAGAACUUGGAAAAACUAUCUAAAGACAUUAAGCCUGAAAAUCUUCCCAGAUGGCAAAAUUUCAAGAAUCAUUGGAAUCUCCUCAGGUAUCUUGAAAAGUCAUUUGAAGUUGAUGGCACUUUCAAACAAAAUAAGGUGUUUGGUGUUGGAAACAAUAGAGUAUUUGUGAAUGAAAGUGAAAUCAAACCAUUGACAAUAGAAAAGAUAGAGAAAUACCCUCCAGAAUGGAAAAGCAAAAUUGCAACAGCAUUGUUCUUUGAUAGUUUUGAAUUUUCUUUACUGGAAUUUUCAUCAUCAUUGGAGGUAUGGAAUCAUCUGGUACAACACAACAAAGCCAUGAUUCUGGUGCGCUGGAUAAAUGUCCAAACAUCAGAAGUAGUAAGGGACAUGAAUGCACGCUAUAACUUCUUCAACAAUGAUAGCUUUGUCAAGAAACUUCUAAAUGUUGACACCAAGGGCUUCAGCUUUAAUGUCCUUGACAAAUUAGAUGAAGUAUUUAGGGCCUGGUCAAUCACUGACAAAAUGAUUGCAAGCAUUGCCAACAGCAACUGCUUUGCUUUCACUAAGAUGUGCAUUUAUGACACAUUGUGCUCUUACGGCAUUGUUAAUGAAGAUGAGCGCAAUAAUUUGUACCAAAUCAUAGCAAGACUAGCACGCACACAGAAUCUGAAGAUUAUUGAUGAUAUUUUCACAGAGUCUUGUGCUACUAUAUCGAAACAGCACUUUUAUGUAGAACUGGCUAAGUACUGUGUGAAGCAUAAAUUGUACAAAGUGCUGACCAUGUGUGUUGAGGGGAACAUACUUGAUACAGACUUGUCUGAGGUAGAACAAGAGGCUAAGGAAUGUAUUGAACUAUGGCUGCUUUUUAAAAGCAUUGAACAAACUUCAGACAGGCAGAGUCAUGUGGUGCCAGUGUACAAGACUUGUCAACAAAUUGCCAAAGAUGAUAUUGAUAACUAUAUCUCUGCUAAUCCACAUUUAGUUUUAGGAAUGAUUUUAUUGGAAGAUAAUGCUAAACUGUUUGAUAUAUUUUCAAAGGAGGAAUAUUUGCAAUUCAAAGAUUUUAAACUACCAAAUAUGGGCUUUAAAGACAAACUUCCACAUUUGCAUAAUGCUUUUAAGAAAUAUACUGAUAAGAAUCAAAUGUAUGAAUCGAAGGAUGUUAAUGUCUAUCAAUUACUUUCGGGUUAUCGAGGACUGGAUGUAUCUAAGAUAUUUGAAUUUCAGUUAGUAAAUCAGAACACUUACAGUUUGAUAAGCGAUAAGCCAGAUAGACGUAGUCUGGGUAGCUUACUUGCGAAUGAUGUGGAUGUCAAUGCCAGCAGCAUAAAGACCUUGUCGCAGAAAUUCAUGGAUAUGCCGGAUUUUGCCAAUGAGAAGCUUAUGAAGAGAUACGGUUAUGUCGCAAAGUUGAACCAUGUUUAUUACUUGAAACAGUACCGGCCUUGUAAUGCAAGUCAGGCGUUUGUGGCGCAGCAGUACCAAACGUACAAUCGGCUGCAGGAUAAAAGCAUAAAGAGCGCGUGUUGUGAGGCUCAUGCAUUGGCUUUACAAAAUUGGUCCGAUCCCGCUAUGACUGCGUGCGCAAUAUCUUUUGUAGCGAUGAUUGGAUGUAACCCUACAAGAUGCAGGGUCCAUAUGUCGGCUGCUAAAAUGAUCAAACAACAUUUGUUACGUUUGGGCGAAACACACGAGAAAGCGAGUAAAACAGUGAAUGAGUAUAUGUCGAAACUCAUUCAGAGUAAUGAUGAAGCCGCAAGAGAAAUGCUGCGAUACUUGGAGGAAAUCACUAUGCAAACACUACAUGAAAAGCAGGAAGCGAGUGGGAAGGUAGAGAUGUCAACAGUGCUGUACGAAUCUCAGACAAUGGUGAAGUUUGCUGUGUUGCACGAUCUGCCUUUGCCAGAGAUGCAAUUGAGAGAAUUCGUGAGGAAUGACUGUUGGUUCAACUUCUUGCUGUUCGGUGACGUGUUUCGUUACCCACUGGCUCAGAUGCUGCAGCUGUCACAGGAGUUUAGUAACAAGUCGUAUGCGGAACACUUGAAAUACAUUAUGUUGCAUCGAAACGCGGAGGAAGGUUCAGAUAAAGAGUUCAAGUCUGUUGCAAACAAUGGGCAGAGGAGGGCUUCAAGAAUGAAUUCUGUUGAAGUGAGUCCGAGUCCGACUUUGAGCGGCGUGUUCGAGUUCCCGGCGCCGGCAGCGGUGGGGCGCGAGCUGUGGGAGGUGUCGGCCGCAUGUCACGGCCCCGAGGACCCACCCGCCGCGCUGCUGCGAGCUGCCGACCACUGCCGGGAACCACUGCUCGUGCUCAUCGCUAGCUGCUAUGAGCCAAACGCAGUCGACGUGCUGUGGCCGCAGUGGGUGCUAGCAUCGCUGCCAUAUAGCGCGCAGGUACAGGAAGCGCUGAAGUCUGAGCUGGCGCAACAUUGCUCGCCGGCGGAGCAGAUACAACGCGUGGCAGAACUCUGCCUGCGAGAGGGAUACGUCAACACACUGCAUGAAUCCAUGCUCAUCUUUAUGCCGGAAAGUCCACUGACUCUACUGACAUCGUUUCUGUACCGGUGCAUUCGGUUGCGCACCUUCGACUCUGACACCAGCAAACUGCUCAGCAGCUUUCUUCAACACUGCCAGAGGAAAUAUAGUGUCGACACAAGUGCGUUACCCGUGCAGUUGUCUAAGGAAGCCUUGCAGUCGGUGGCUGUCUCGCUCGUGAAGAUAGCAAUGAGUCAGAGCUUUGACAGCGCAUUCCAUCAGAGAGAGUUCCUGAGGUGUCUCGCCGUCGCGCAGUUUGAAAAAGGAUUGACGGUACCAACACCGAAUUUCGUAACGCUAUACGAAAUCCUACAGAUAUCAAUGGAGACAUCUCUAGUAGUCAACAUCUCGAAAAUGCUGGAAGAUGACGCACAAAGUUACCUUUCACAAUGCAUUGAAAUGUAUACUGCUAAUAGGAAUUAUGACGUGGCUUUGAAGAUAGCCAAACUUGCUGGACUGUCUGUUAAUGAGAUCCUUAUGGCUGAAUGGACGCACAAGCAUGAGAUGUUGCAUAUGAAGGAAGAUGCCGUAGAGGAUAAGGACUUGACUCUGUUCGUCGCACAGUGUAGUGAAGCCUUCAAGCAUGCCUCAGUUACCUUCAACAAGGCGACAGAGUUUCUCAUAUACCAUGUCAACGAGAUAUCCGAUACGGCCCAGAAAUUUUACUGCUACAGGAUAAUAAUGAGCUGGUUUGAGGAAAACUUAGAAUAUGGACAGAGAAGAGAAGAGAUCGAACACAUGAUGUGGAAUGCCUACUUCUCGAAUGAAUCUCAAAAUGAAAUUUUCUUGAACAGUUAUCAGAGCACUUUGCAUUUCAUACUCAAUGGACAAAAAGACCCGACGCUCUCGAAGAAGAUAGGUCUCGUCAAUGCUGAGAAACCGUUCUCGAUGUUGUUGAGUGAGAUUGAGAUUGAGUCUGAUGUGGGGAAUAUUGAAAACGUGGUACUUUUAGAGGAGCCUGAUGCAAUAGACAAUUGGAGGCGGGUGAUAAGCCAGUUACUAGAGUUGAAACUCUUGGUGGAAGCGUUUAGGCUGUCGGCUUUGUUCAAGACUCCACCUGAAUUCCGGUACAGACCUCCGGUGUGUCCUGUACAGAUUAUAAGGACGUGUUUGAAGCUUGCAGAAGGGACCUGUUCACCUUAUGAGUUGCCUCAAGAACUAAGAUUGGUGAUUUCUUCACCAUUCUCACAGAGUAAAUUGUCAAUUUCAGAGACAUCAGACGCGAGCUUCGAAGAGUUAGUAGUGAUUCAGGAGAAGCAGGACCCGAGUACCGAAGGCGUGCCACACUUAGCUGCUCGCGAGGAGGCUGACAGAUUGUCCGCACUUGACGCGCUCGCCGUACGCAGCGGGAUCACUGUAGCUAAACAGGUGGCGAGUUACUUCCGCAUAGCUCUGCAGAUCGGGUGGAGCUACUCGGGUGUGUUGAAGUACCAGCACCACGCGGUCGACUUCAUCAACCUGGUGAGCGGCCGCGCGCGCAUGUCUCUUGCCAACCUCGUGUUCCGGACCUUCAACAUACCCUCCAAACAGGUCGCAGAAUACUUGUGUCGUGAGAUGGUAGCCGCUAUAAUAUCACCGCAUUUAGUGAAAACAUCAACAUUCCGACAGAAAGAGCAUUUCCAAUACACUUUGUGGGGUUACGCACUCAAUUCCGACAUCGAAAUGUUUCUGAACAUGCGUCCGGACGCUUGUAGCCAAAUAGGGAGGUUCAUUCUAGACCACCUCAUGGCAUUCCAGAAGAUAUACAAAGCUACUACAGUGGCGAAACUUCCAGAAAACACUUUAGACGACAGUUGUCUUGACGUCGAAACUCUUAUAGACGAGGAGUUCCAAAAUGUAGAAGGCGAUGAGGUGGAGUCUAUAGUGACUGAAGAAGGGACCCUCGUAUCAGCUGAUACGGAAUCCGUUUUCUCAGUAUCUACGGUGUAUACUGUUGGUGCUAAAAUGACCAGAGACACUCGAAGGAAUCUGUUCGAUGUGGUGACUAGAAGAGACGUACACAUCAGAUACGAAGUGAAGUCUAAUAUCCGGAAGAUUACUAAAGGAGCGAAGCUGUCUACUAAGCAGGUUAAUAUAAUCUCAAUCGAGCUGCUGGUGCUGGCGCACGAGUGUUUCUCGUGCGCGUGUGACACGGAGGGCGUGGCGGUGUCGCUGGUGUCGGCGCAGGCGCUCACGGCGCGGCUGGCGGCGGCGCGUUCAUGGCGGCUCAUGGUGCGCCUGCUGUGCGGCCUGGCGCGGUACACCGACUGCGCUUAUGUGUUCCAGACACUACGCGACAAUCAUCAGUUUGAAUUCCUCCUGGGUCAAUUCGACUACAUGCUUGGCAACCAACCGGACAAGAUUGCGGAGUUCAAACAAGGAUUGCUUGACUUCCUCAAGAUACACUGUCCCGGAGACACGGACACCUACAUCAUGGUUGCUCUACACUUCAACAUGUACGCUGAAGCCGCGAACGUGAAACGAAAACAAGCUCUUGAUCUUAUAGAUGACUUGGAGAAAAUGGCCUUAGACGCUGCUAAAGCCGUAUCUAAGAAACCCUUCCAACCGCCGCUAUGGCUUCAAAUACAUGACAAUGUGCAAACUAGGCUGUUACUAGAGACUGCGUUGAACCAUUGUACGGAUGCGUCAGAGUUGUAUCUGCAAGGUGGUUGUAUGGGAUUUGCCGGGGAAAUGGCGAUUCUUGCACAGCAGAUAGCGUUGCAAAUAUCGCUGCUAAACGCGUCGCCUACAAGGCUGAUACUGAAUAGAAGUACAGAACAGUUGUAUCGGCUUGUCAGCGAGUAUUUGAGCUUCAUGGAAGGUCUGGUGUUACUGUCGGGGCGCGGCGGCGAGGCGUGGCAUGAGUUAGCUUACAGGCGUGCUAUGGCCAAUGAUCAGGCCUACCUACGCGAUAUGGCCGCCUACCGCCCUGACAUCGCACAUAGCUUCCUGAACAGAUACAAAGCGGAGAAAAACAAGACCUCAGUGUCGCACGCCGCCAUGACCGAACUCCGCAACUUGUGCCGGUGAUAUACAAUUAAACGCUAAGGUUGGUCUCUGAAGGAUCUCAAUAUAUUCUAUAAUAGCUAUAUUCUGAGCAAAAAUAAAAAAAUGUAAUGCAAUUAUUCUGAAAAAAGAAAAAGAAAUGCGUAAAUGGCAACACUGGUUUGAAACCAAUCGCUUGAGUGAAAAAUCUUUGCCUACCAAUAAAAAACUCUAUAACAAUGUUGCCAGAGCUAAAAAAUAGCCGUUGAAUUAUAUUUCAAGAAAUAAUUAGGUUAGUAAA